AUGGCAGAAUCAAGUGACACCAAGACUCUCGAAGCCAAGUGCCAUUGCGGCUCUGUUCACUUUACAAUUGACGUGCCAGUCUCGAAGCUUCCCCUCCUCACUCAUUUGUGCCACUGUAGCCUCUGCAGAUAUGGCUCAGGCGCUCCAUGCAUCUUCCAUGCGCCGCUCCCAAAAGGCAUAGACCUCAACUUUGUGGAGCCAUCCUCCGAGAGCAACAUGACAAGCUAUGGUAUUAGCGGGAAUGAAAAAGCAUGGAAUUUCUGCUCGACAUGCGGUUGCCAUAUCGCCUCAAGAGGGCCACCUGGAAGCGUGUCAUGGACGAUUGCUUCGUCUAUUUUCAUAAACGCUGGAGAUUACUUCGAUAUCCGCAAGCAUAUCUUCAGCAAAUCAACAAAAGAUGGCGGUAUGGCCGAGGCCCUGACACAUACAGAUGGAAAAGAGUUCAUCGACUGGAACCCUCCCGAUGAUAGCCCCGAGGCCAAGAUCGUUGAAUCUCAAGCUGAGGUUGGAGAGGACGGCAAAGAACGUCUUCGCGUGGAGUGUCAGUGCAAGGGCGUCUCAUUUACCAUUCCUCGGCCCAGUCAGGAGAUCAAAGAGGACAAAUACUACUCCGAAUUCGUUUCUCACAGAGACAACAAGAAAUGGUAUGCGACCUUUGAUGCAUGCGACGACUGCCGAAUCGCCAACGGGACCAGCGUAGUGGGAUGGACAUUUAUCCCUGUAUCGGUCUGCGAGCCUCACAUCGGGGACGAUCUUCUCAUUGGCACGGCCAAAACCUACAAAUCAUCAGAAAACGUCGUUAGAUCCUUCUGCGGAACUUGUGGCGCAACAGUCUUCUACUCCCACGUCGAUCGAAGGCCAUCCGAGAACCACCAUAUUGUUGACCUCGCUACGGGUAUUAUUAGAGCGCCUGAGGGCGUCAUGGCAGAGAAUUGGCUCACUUGGCGAGCAAGACUGGCGUGGGCUGAUAGUGCAAAGAAGUUUGACAGCAAAUUUACCGAGGCACUGCAAGAAGGUAUGAAGAAGUGGGUGUUGAAGAGAGAGGGCGAGAUUGAGGAUUAUAACAUCGGUUGA